AUGAAGACUGCCAUCCUUGCCACCCUUGUCGCCUCCGCCGCUGCCUUUGCUCCUGCCAAGCAAGGACAAGCCUCCACUUCUCUAGCCAUCUCUUCCCCUUACGAAGAGGAGCUUGGUGUUAUUUCCCCCACCGGUUUCUUCGAUCCUCUUGGACUUUCCUCCAAGAUCGACCAACCAACCUUUGACAAAUACCGUCUUGCUGAGCUUAAGCACGGACGUGUUGCACAGCUGGCUCUUCUUGGAUACCUCGUCCAAGAGAUCUCCCGCUUCCCUGGAGAGCUUGCCUUUGGACUCAAGUUCGCCGACGUCCCCAACGGUGUUGCCGCCAUUGAGGCCGUCCCCGCCGUCGGUUGGGCCCAAAUCUUCCUUGCUGUCGGCCUUGUCGAGACCAAGGGAACUUUCGGCGACUUUGAACAAGGAAAGUUGAACCUUCCUGCCGAAGUUCUUGAGCGAAGAUCUCUCUGCGAACUUCAACACGGACGCAUUGCCAUGCUUGGCUUUGCCGAGCUCGUCCGUCACGACCUUUACGAUGGAGGUGACAAGCUUCUUCAAGGUCUUCCAUUCCUUUACUAA